AUGGACCAGACCAACCUUUUAGCUCUUGUGCAGCAGAUGCAGCAGCAGCUUUCAGACCAGCAAAACCAGUUAUUAGCGAUCGCUUCGCAACAGAACCAGAACCAGCAUUACCAUCUUCCUGACCCACCCCGAUUUGACGGCAAGCCCUUCACACUACGACGACAAGCAUUCAACUAUAUCUAUAAUCGCCUAGAACCACCUCAACAAGCAUCAGUGUUACAUCUUCAAGAUAAAGCCAACCCCGAUCAGAUCUUCCAGUACUUUCAGCGUCUAUGCUAUAACCCCCGCGAGAAACAAGAGAAUAUUCUUCGAUUCGCCAAUAUCCGGCAGAGAGAUGAUGAAAGCCUCAUCGCCUAUCUAGCUAGAUUUGAACGCCUUUCGCAUGAAGCAAGUAUAGGUCUCGUGGACUAG